AUGGAAGAAAUAAUAUUGAGUGCUACCGAAGAUGAAGGAAUUGCUUCACUGUACUCACUAAUAAGGGGCGAUCCAGAUUUUCUACAGACGUUCGAUCGUAGCCAGUUCGCCGACACCCCACUGCACCGAGCCGCCGGCGAAGGAUGCACGCAGCUGGCGCUGGAAAUCCAAAGGCUAAUGCCUUCAUUUGGGAGAAAGCUGAACCCGGACGGGUUGACCGCCGUUGACCUGGCCAUGCGGCGGGGCCACCGCCAGACUGUGAGGGCCUUGGUAAAGCUGAGCCCGGAGCUUGUCGGAGUUCAGGGCAGAGAGGGCAUCACGCCCCUCCAUUACGCGGCCGAAACGGACGAUGCAGAACUAUUGCAAGAAUUUCUUUUCAGGUGCCCCAAAUCGGUCGAGGAAUUGACGGUUCGUGAGGAAAGUGCGGUCCAUGUGGCGGUGAAGAACCGGAAGUUGGCGGCGGUUAGGGUUCUGGUUACGUGGCUGCAGAAGACUGGUAGAAUAAACGUGUUGGAAUGGAAGGACUGCAACGGCGAUACUGUUUUGCAUCUUGCCACAUCCACUAAUCAACCAGAGGAUUAG